GCUUUGGGGUCCAUGGGGACUAAGAAAAGCGCUAUACAAAUACAGGCCAUUUACCAUUGUUAAAGUGUCCUACCAUAGCUGUGUCGUCCGCAAACUUGAUGAAAAAGUGGGGGGCUCAAAAUAAACCCUUGGGGAGCUCCCUUAUUCAGUGUUCUUGUGCUGAAAGUGUUGCCACGAGAUAACAGCAGCUUUUCCAUCCUGGGCUCCUCCAUACAUACAGAAUCUACAUUCACAAACAAAAACCACAAAAGUUAUAAGAAAACACAAAGAUCAUAUUUUAUCAGCACACAUUGAAACAACAAUAUCAUCAGUUGGACUCCCCAUUUUUCAUGAAAUGAAAGAUUUUCUCCAGCGAUCAACAUUUCUUCAAUUAUGUUAUUUUCAUUCCAAUUCUCAUUGUAGCACGUCAUUGUAAUGUGAAACUAUCAACAGAAUGUGGUGGCAACACACCUAGAACUUGUUUGUUGACUCUUUGAUUACACUAAUGGGGUUUCAGUUUGUUCAAUUUCACUCACUGCCUCUGUUUGUAUCUCUGUCACUGCAGGACCAACAUGGAUCGAGAAGUCCGCGCUCUCAGGAGGCCGACAAACCUCACAGAAGAACGGGAGAGAAAAAAUACAGCUGUGAUGAGUGUGGGAAGGAUUUUACUGGGGCUGGACACUUAAAAACACACCAACGCAUUCAUAGUGGAGUUAGACCGUACAUCUGCGACUUAUGUGGAAAGUCUUUUACUCAGGCUGGAAGUUUAAAAACACACAAACUCCUCCACAGUGGAAUUAAAGCAUACAGCUGUGAGCUGUGUGGAAAGUCUUUUACCCAACCUCAAGGCUUAAAAUCACAUCAGCUCAUCCACAGUGGAAUUAAAGCAUAUAGCUGUGAGCUGUGUGGAAAGUCUUAUAAGACUGUUGGACACUUAAACAGACACCAACUGAUCCACAGUGGAUUUAAACCGUACAACUGUGAUCAGUGUGGCAAAACUUUUGCUCGCAGUAAGAACUUACAACUUCAUCAAGUUACCCACACUGGAAUUAAGGCAUACAGCUGCAACAUUUGUGGAAAAACCUUUAGGUGGCUACUCAGCCGAAAUAAUCACCUACGCAUUCACACCAAAAAUGAUGUUUACUGCUGUGAUCAGUGUGGCAAAGUGUUUGUGGCAUACAAAGAAUUAAAGCAGCACAUGUUUACCCACACUAAGGAGAGACCUUAUAAAUGUGACCUGUGUGAUAAGGCUUUUAAAGAGCCACGUUCCCUGAAAGCACACCAACAGAUCCACACCAGAAAGAAACUCUACAAGUGCAGUUACUGUGAGAAGCAGAGUGACGCAGGUGGAUCCAGUUCUCAACCCUGCCGUCACUGUGGUUGUGGGAAAGAGUUUCGCUGUGACCUUUGUGGAAAAUCUUUCAGUCAGCUGUGGUGCCUAACAUUACAUCAACGUAGACACACUGGAGAUAAAAUGAACUACUGCAAAGAAUGUGGUAGAGGCUUCCCCACACCAAGUACAUUAAAAAUACAUGAGCUUACCCACAGUGGGGUUAAAAAGCACAUCUGUGAUCAGUGUGGGUCAUCCUUCACCACUGCAGGUCAUCUCAAACAGCAUAAACGCGUGCACACAGGAGAGAAACCAUACAGGUGUAGACACUGUGACAGAAGCUUCUCACAAUCAAGUAAUCGUAACCUUCAUGAACGUAGACACAUGGAAGAGAACAUCAGCUGUGACCAGUGUGACAAGACCUUCAAGAGUCUCAGUUCAUACUCCGAACACAAACAAUCCCACACUGUAAAUACAGUUUUACAGUUACCAAUGUGCAAUAACAUUUACUUCAUUAUUUGCUCUGUGCAAACAUCAACAUCAAGCAGACCCGAAAUCACUGGAUCACAAUGAAUCUGAAGAGACAGAAAGAUCCUCUUCUGGUUUCAGGAUCAGACUUCAGGCUCCACAGAGUUCAGCUGGACUCUCCUAUAAAAAGUGUGUCAGCUGAUGUCACACUUGGAUCUGAUGAGGUAGCUCUGAUUUCUGGAUUUACAGCGAAUAAUCCUGAAUGGUUCAGGAUAGUAUAGUAUUCAGGAAGAUAGUAUAGUUAUCUACAUCAAAUUCUUGUUUUUCUUUGGUUACCUUUGAUAUUCCAUUUCAAAAUGAAUGUAUUUUUUCAUGUAUUUAGUUUUACUUUAGUGUAUUUCCUGUCCAGUUGAUCCACAUGUUCUGCAGCUGUUUUCUGUUUGUCAUUUGUGUUGUGAAAUCCUGAUACUACUAAAGAUUUGUUUAUAUUUGAUUGACUCUAAAGUUUGUUUUAUUAAACACUUAUUAAAUAGUUUGGUGUGAAAACCCCCCCAAAAUAAAAUAAAAUAAAACUAAAUAAAGAAAUUGUCUCACAA